UGUUGUUUUUUGUUGGAGUUAAACGGUCUCGCGUGAUCUUGGAAAACUGUUUCAGUCCUCGCAGGCUGUUUAGGGUCCUGCAUCCCAGAAACCACAGAUGGACCUUCAUCCCUGAGGGAUGGAGGGAUGAAGAGAUGGAGGCAUGAAGAGAUUCAGGGAUGAAGAGAUGGAGGGUUAAAUAGAUGGAGGGAUAAAUAGAUGGAGGCAUGAAGAGAUGGAGGGAUAAAUAGAUGCAGGAAUGAAGUGAUGGAGGCAUGAAGAGAUGGAGGGAUAAAUAGAUGGAGGGAUGAAGUGAUGGAGGCAUGAAGAGAUGGAGGGAUAAAUAGAUGGAGGGAUGAAGUGAUGGAGGCAUGAAGAGAUGGAGGGAUGAAGAGAUGGAGGGAUAAAUAGAUGGAGGGAUGAAGUGAUGGAGGCAUGAAGAGAUGGAGGGAUGAAGAGAUGGAGGGAUGAAUAGAUGCAGGCAUAAAGAGAUGGAGGGAUUAAUAGAUGGAGGCACAGAGGGAUGCUGGGAUGGAGGCAGAACAAUCACAUUUCGCCCUUAAAUGUCUUCAGUCUGCUCACUGAGGUGAAGCUUCUUCGUCAUAUUGAUGUUAUCUCAGCCGCCGCUGAGUGACCCGUCUUUAUCACACGUUGCUGGUAUUUAAAGUAAUCCAAUACUCGACCAGAUUACAGCCUCAGGAUUGUAAUCUGCUGCCUGAUUCCUGACGGUGGAGUCCAUCUCUGAACCGCUAAGAUUCUGACAUGAAGAAAGACAUCGAGACGCUCAUCGCAGAGGAACGGGCCGGAAUCCUCCUGAAGUAUUCGACGGGCCGGCAGGGCGGCGUGGAGAUCAACCCCUGGGAGGAUGCUGACUUCAGCCUGUACAAAGCCAUCGACCGCUUCGGUUUCAUGCAUGCCAAAGAGCUGCCGGCUCCAGCUGCACACGAGGAGAAGGUGAAGCAGCUGGAGGUGGAGAGAGCUGAGAAGUGGCUGAAGAUGGUGAGGAAAUGGGACAAAUACAAGAACAGCAAAAAGAUGGUGUCCCGGGUCUAUAAAGGCAUCCCACUGCAGCUCCGCGGCCGCGCCUGGGUCCUGAUGCUGGAUGUGGAGCGUACCAAGAGGGAGAACGAGGGCAAAUAUGAGAAAAUGAAGGAACAGGCUCGGCUGUUCUCACAGGAGAUCAAACAGAUUGACCUGGACAUCAACAGAACCUUUCGGAACCACAUCAUGUUCAUGGAUCGGUUUGGAGUCAAGCAGCAGUCUCUGUUCCACAUCCUCUCUGCAUAUUCAGUCUACAACACGGAGGUGAGUUACUGCCAGGGCAUGAGUCAGAUCGCCGCCCUGCUGCUCAUGUUCAUGAACGAGGAGGACGCCUUCUGGGCGCUGUCGCAGCUGCUGAGCGACCACAAACACGCCAUGCACGGCUUUUUUGUUCCCGGUUUUCCCAAACUCCAUCGAUUCCAGGCGCAUCACGAUCAGAUCCUUUCCAAACUCCUGCCCAAGCUGAAGAAGCAUCUGGACAGAGAGCACAUGUCUGCAGGGAUUUACAGCACCAAGUGGUUCCUGCAGUGCUUCAUUGACAGGACGCCGUUCCCUCUGACGCUGCGCUUGUGGGAUAUCUUCAUCCUGGAGGGGGAUCGGCUCCUCACCGCCAUGGCGUACACCAUCCUGAAGACACAUAAGCAGCUUCUCCUGAAAAUGUCCCUGGAGGAGCUGAGGGACUUCCUGCAGGAGCGGAUUUCUCGCACUUUGCUCCUCAGUGAUGAUGUGAUGGUGGAGCAGCUGCAGGCUUCCAUGUCGGAGUUGAGAAAGAUGAAGCUGGACCUCCCCCCCCCAGGCAAGCUGGAGGAACUACCUCCAAAACCGCUCGGUCAGGAGCCCCUCCUGCUGCGGAGUCCAGUCCAACCCUCCAGGGGGACGCCGUCCUCAGCCAGCGCCCCCCCCAGAGUCGGCCUGAGCCUUCACAUCAUUUCCCACUCGACAGACUCAAUUUCCUCAGACCAGAGUCCUUCCAAGGACCCCAAAGCCCUGGACGCCGUGGAGGAGCCGCUGCCCUCUCCAGACCUGGUCAUCAUCCACAGCCAAGUCCCACUGACUCCUGACGGGUCCCCAAUGAUGGGACCCCCGCCUUACCAGCCCCCGGGAAGUCCAGCAGCGCCCCCAUCAGGUCAUCCAUCAUCACUGCCGGAGCAGGAAGAUCCAGACAGAACUGAAGCCCCCCCUGCUCCGUCCUGCACAGUCCCACGCUCCGCCUCUGCACCCUCAGCCCAGCUACAGUCAGUGAUUUCGGAUUCGGGCCCGGCAGCAGCAGAACAGGCCUCGGUGCUGGUCUCUGAAGUUCUGCAGAACAGGACUGCAGAUCAUCCCAUCGGGAUUUGAAGGUCAUGACUAAAAAGAGCAGCGACCAUGUCAGGACAAAUUAGUUUUCUUAAGUUUUUAGUCAUUUAGGCGACCUCUGCCCUUUGGUUCCCCCACUCCCCCUCUGCCCUUUGGUUUCUCCAAAUGCCCCCUCUGCCCUUUUGGCUCCGCCCAAUCCCCUCUGUCCAAGUUGUUAAGAGUCAUCAUUUCUAUAGCAACCACUCUCACCCAUCACAAGUGAUCUUGUUGGAAGGCCACACCCCCUACCACUUGAAAGCAGGCUACAGAAAACUAGAACUAGAGGGUCCUGCCAGCUGUUUGUUCCUCUAAAGAAGUCUAUGGGUAUACCCUGUUUGAGAUGCCGGGGGGGGUUGUGUUCUCAUUUACAAUCACUGGUUUCCCUCACACACCUUUCCAUGAAAAAGCUGCGCUAAAACCUCUGAAUGCUGAAUGUACAGAGCCAUGUCUGUGGUUCUGCUGCUGGGUUGUUCCCUUUCGUGUCUUGCACCUCUCAGCAGCUCCUCUCACUCCUUUUCCUGAAGUCGUGCUCAGGAUCCGCUCCAUGCUCAUUCGUUCCACUGGCUUGGUUUCCUGACGCUUCUUCAGUCUCUCUGGACUUUUUCCAUCGACUCGCUGCUGCUGUCUUUGACGGAAACCUCUGCUUUUUCACCGAUGUAGCAGCACUUUAGACUUCGUGCUGAAUUCGGCUGCCAAGUGGGCGGUGUUAAGGUUUGGUUUGAAGGGAUUAUCAUGAGGAAAAGCAAACCUCCCGUUCUCUGCCUGCGGCUUCAGAGACCGUUCCUGAUCAGAGCAGCAGAGCAGAGACGACCGUUUGAGCUUAGACUGUGGCGGAAUCAGUGCCGAUCCGUGCACACGUCUAUGACACGUCUGCUCUCAAACAGCAGCUAAAGGAGGGUUUCUGCAAGCUGCACAUGUGAACUGCCACAUCCUUCUUCAGCUUGUGUUUCAGGCCACCCGUCCGUCCUCCUUCAUGGACGUUCAGAGGUUUCUCUCCGCCGCACUCCAAAGCAAGUUUUUCUGUGCCACACUGAGCGGGAGGAAGCAGGUUCAUUUUCAACCCCCGUCAGCUCGGUUUAACGUCAAGCCGGUGCUCGAUCCUUCAAAGAUGGACCGUUUUCCAUCUGGGAUGUAAAUGUGUGAGUUCAGUUCACGUGGCCCGCUGUGUGUGGAGUUUGAAUGUACAAUCUCUUCAGAUCCGACCUUGGACGUAGUAGAACACCAACAUGUGGAAGUUCGUUUUAAAAGUAGAUUUAAGUAGAAAACUUUUUUAAGCAAGGAGAAGUCUGCCUUUGUGUUCCUAUUUAAAGCCAUUUUCUCAAUUAUCUGAUGUGAAAAAAACAUGUUUAAGUGCUUUGGAUAGUGUAAGAGUUUGAAUAAAGCCUUCAGAUAAAAGGAG